GACAGUUUUUAUUUCAGUGCGUGGAUUCCUUUCGCUUGACAGUAUUAAGGGCAGGCUGGGCUGUUUAUGAUUUUUUGAACAGACCUUUAUGGCACCAGCCCAAGGUAGGAAAGGAUCUUUUGUUGCUGGGGUUGCCGCUCGCAGGCUUAGACGCUUCUGCAGGGGGAGAAGCUAUGCAGGACAGCGUGCUUGGAAGAACCGUACCCGGGGUUUUCAAUGAUAAACCUCCAGUUUUGGGGUCUUCUUUUCACUUCUUCCUUUCAGAUACGUCAUGACGGAUCAAACAGUUACCGUUUGAUGCAGCUUGGAUGCCUGGAGUCUGUGGCCAACUCGACCGUCGCCUAUUCCUCCUCAUCUCCUCUCACUUACUCUACCACGGGCACCGAGUUCGCCUCCCCGUACUUCUCCACUAACCACCAGUACACCCCACUGCACCACCAGUCCUUCCACUACGAGUUCCAACACAGCCACCCGGCAGUCAACCCCGACGCUUACUCCUUGAACUCUCUCCACCACUCCCAGCAAUAUUACCAGCAGAUCCACCAUGGAGAACCCACUGAUUUUAUCAACCUGCACAAUGCGCGGGCACUCAAGUCCUCCUGCUUGGACGAGCAGAGGAGAGAGCUGGGGUGCUUAGAUGCUUACCGCCGCCACGACCUGUCUCUUAUGAGCCAUGGAUCCCAAUAUGGGAUGCAUCCAGAUCAAAGACUCCUGCCAGGACCAAGCCUCGGGCUUGCAGCCUCGGGAGCAGACGAUUUGCAGAGCUCAGUGGAGGCCCAGUGUGGACUUGUACUCAACGGGCAAGGAGGUGUGAUAAGAAGAGGUGGCACCUGUGUUGUCAACCCCACUGACCUGUUCUGCUCCGUUCCUGGUCGCUUGUCUCUGCUCAGCUCCACUUCCAAGUACAAAGUGACCAUUGCAGAGGUGAAGAGGCGCCUUUCACCACCAGAAUGCCUCAACGCUUCCCUCCUUGGAGGUAUUUUGAGAAGAGCAAAAUCCAAGAACGGAGGACGCUGCUUGCGAGAAAAAUUAGACAGACUUGGACUGAAUUUGCCUGCAGGAAGAAGAAAAGCAGCAAAUGUCACACUUCUGACUUCCCUGGUAGAAGGGGAAGCACUACAUUUGGCCAGAGAUUUCGGCUACACCUGUGAAACAGAGUUCCCUGCCAAGGCAGUAGGAGAGCACAUUGCCAGACAGCACAUGGAACAGAAAGAGCAGACAGCGAGGAAAAAGAUGAUCCUAGCGACAAAACAAAUAUGUAAAGAAUUCCAAGACCUUCUAAGUCAAGACAGAUCACCCCUCGGAUCCUCCAGACCAACUCCAAUAUUAGACCUCGACAUCCAGAGACAUUUAACACAUUUCAGCUAGUGUAGAGGUGCUGGGGUCAGAUCAGCUUCCAACCCGGACUUCUGCCUCCACUGCAGCCAGCUGUACAUCUUCUGCCAUCGUGUCCACUCAGCUCACCUGCAUAGCCCAAGAAAUCUGACUUAAUCAGGUCUAAUAAAGAUGUCUACAUCAGU